AUGGCUUUUAGAAGUGGUUCAGUUUUCGCUCUCUGGAUAUUUUGCAUACUUUCUAUAGUGGCAAAGGGCGAGAGAGAAGUCUAUUUUAAAGGCAACAGAAAGCUCAUUGUUGAGUCCCUCGAAACCAAUUGCGAUCACGAUUAUGUGGAGUACUUCCAAAAGGUCACCAACUCGAGCCAACAUAUCCACACAUUCCGAGUGACAAAAUUGGUAUCUGCUUUUAGCAUUGAUGUCAUGGAAAAGGUAAAAAAAACCCAUAGGAUCUUUUACAAAACCAAAAUAAGUCGGGGCUGCGAUUUUAUAAACAAUCCAAUGCCGUACAAAGUAUUUGGCGAAAGCUUCAAGAAAAUGGCGGUAAAUGGAAGUUUUAUAAAAUGUCCAGUAAAGCCGAAGAUUUACUAUAUAAAUACCGAAGGACCAACAUCGGUAAUACCCUCCGUCCAUUCACCUGGAAGCUUUCAACUUAGAAUGCGGAUUAAAGUGCCGGAAAGUUCUCGACCAUUUGCUAUGGAAAUGUUGUGGAAGUUCAAAAUUGUUUAUGUCUAA